UUAAAGCGGACAAAAGCCAUCUCAUUGUUUUCGCAACUGCUGAAAUAAAUUGUUUUAUUUGUUGUUCAAGCUUUGAUUCCCUCUCCAAUGGCUUCCUUGUUUCCGCCAUUGUUGCUCUUAGCGAUUUCGCUCUCGAUUUUCCUAAUCUCACCCGCGCAAUCGCAAUCCUGUAAAUCGCAGAAGUUCCCGAACAACAAGCUUUACGCGAACUGCUCCGACCUCAAAGUUCUCACCUCAUACCUUCACUGGACCUACAACGCCUCCAACUCUUCUCUUUCCGUCGCUUUCACCGCACCGCCGGCGAAAUCCGACGGCUGGGUGGCCUGGGCCAUAAAUCCGACGGGGACCGGCAUGGCCGGAGCCCAAGCUUUCGUCGCGGUCAGGCAUUCGAACGGAUCUAUCACCCCAAGGACGUACAACAUCAGCUCGUACUAUUCGGUCGUGCAGUCGAAUCUCUCCUUCGAGUUUUGGGACUAUAGCACCGAGUACUCCAACGGAUCGAUCACGAUCUUCGCGAGCGUGAAGGUGCCGGAGAAGAAGUCGCUGAACCACAUCUGGCAGGUCGGUCCGGGGAUCAACCAGACCGGUUUUCUAAUCAAGCACGAUUUCAACCAGGAGAAUCUCGCCGCCAAGGGGAUAUUGGAGUUAGUUUCCAAUUCCGCUGGUACUGCUCCUACUGCUUCUCCUUCUCCUUCUCCAUCAUCUUCUCCCGCUCCUGAUACUGGUAAUUCUACCAAUUCUGGUAAAAACGGCGGAGUUUCGUUGUUUGGGAGCAGAAGUAGUUUUGGUUUUAGCGUCGCUUCUCUUCUUCUGGUUUUUGUGAAUCUAGUCGCUUUUUAGUUUGGAGAAAAGUGUUAUUUUAGAAGCUUUUGUUUUUGUUUUUUUUUUUUUUGGUCGUAAAGAUUUGUUUCAUCAGGAUUGAGGCGGAGAUUUGUGUGGACGCUUGGAUGGAGAAAUAAUAUUUUAAAAUUUUCUAUGGCUA